CGCAUGCCCCACUUCUGCAUCCCACCUUCCUAAUCUGACCUCAGAAUCCUGAUCUCGGAUUUUACCCGUCAUCAUUCACCUCCCUUCUCUACUCAGUAUCUCACUUCUAAACCAUUCACUUUACUCAAUAUAUUAUCUAAUCUCUCACGAUCAAACUGCUGUACACUCCCAAUUCAAAUCCUAGCCAAGCAAAUCCGAAGCCAUGACGCUCAAGGAAUCCGUCCUCACCACCAAGGCGCCAGCGCCUAUGCCCUUCUUCUCUCAAGCUAUCAAGUGCAACGGAAUGGUGUAUUGCUCGGGCUCUAUCGGUAUGGAACCGACGAGCAUGAAGUUGGUUGAGGGAGGUGUUGCGGAUAGGACGAAACAAGCCCUAACCAACCUCUCCGAAGUCCUCAAAGCAGCCGGGAGCGGCAUCGAGAAUGUCGUCAAAGUCAACAUUUUCCUGACGGAUAUGGAGAAUUUUGCCUCCAUGAAUAAGGUCUACGAUACCUUUUUCUCAAAGGAGCCGAAACCGUGCAGGACUUGUGUUGCUGUGCAUCAGUUGCCGCUUGGUACGGAUGUUGAGAUAGAGUUGACGGCUCAUUUGUAAGUAAGUAUUUUCUUCUCAAUUUUGGUGGGCAGAGUGAAAGGAUUGGGUGGAGGCAGGCUGACGUGACAAGGUCAGGAACAAGCGGAACGGCGAAGUUGUGAAGCAGGAACCCGAGAAUCGGUUGUUGAAGGAUUGGUGAAGGAAAUCUGCCGAAGCAAGAAUCUCGAGGAACUCGAAAGUCCCGAAAGGUUCUGAAAUAAAAAGGCUUUCUGUCCAGCGUGUGAAAGACCAAGUUUCAGUUUUCGUGACAAGUGAUAGCCGAGUCCCCCCUCUCUUCCGAGAAUCCGCUGGAACCCUCUCCAUUCAGAGUUUCUCUCGAUACCCG